CACCUCCUUCCUCCGCGGUGGGGGUUGCCGUAGACCCGGAAGGAGCGGAAGUGGAGGAUGGCCCCCUGGAAUGAGGAGAGCGCGUGAAGCGCCGCCUCUCUAGACUCAGGGCAGAGGUGGGCGUGAGCGAAGAUUUUAAUUUAAUUUGAAAAUGAGUGAGUGCAGAAAGCCAACCCUGGGUUCAAGUCCUGAGACAUUCAGCCCAGAUGUUGUUGCUGAUAUUUUUGAACUCUUUGCUAAGAACUUUUCUUAUGGGAAGCCACUUAAUAAAGAGUGGCAGUUACCAGAUUCCAGUGAGAUUUUCACCUGUGACCACACGGAAUUUAAUGUGUUCCUUGAUUUGAAGAACUCCCUAAAUGAAGUAAAAAACCUACUGAGUGAUAAGAAACUGGAUGAGUGGCAUGAACACACUGCUUCCACUAAUAAAGCUGGAAAAAUAAUUUCCUAUGUGAGAAAAUCUGUGAACGCUGAACUUUGUACUCAAGCAUGGUGUAAGUUUCAUGAAAUUUUGUGCAGCUUUCCAGUUAUUCCACAGGAAGCUUUUCAGAAUGGAAAACUGAAUUCUCUACACCUCUGUGAAGCUCCUGGAGCUUUUAUAGCUAGUCUCAAUCACUACUUAAAAUCCCAUCGAUUCCCUUGUGAAUGGAGUUGGGUAGCCAAUACUCUGAAUCCAUACCAUGAAGCAAAUGACAAUCUUACGAUGAUUAUGGAUGACCGACUUAUUGCAAAUACCUUGCGUUGGUGGUACUUUGGUCCAGAUAACACUGGUGAUAUCAUGACCUUGAAAUAUCUGACUGGACUUCAGAAUUUCAUAAGCAACAUGGCCCCUGUUCACUUGAUCACUGCAGAUGGGAGUUUCGAUUGCCAAGGAAACCCAGGUGAACAAGAAGCUUUAGUCUCUUCUUUGCAGUACUGUGAAGCAGUCACUGCUCUGACGACUCUUGGAAAUGGUGGCUCUUUUGUUCUGAAGAUGUUUACUUUGUUUGAACAUUGUUCCAUAAACCUGAUGUACCUGCUCAACUGUUCCUUUGAGCAAGUCCAUGUUUUCAAACCUGCUACAAGCAAGGCAGGAAACUCAGAAGUCUAUGUGGUAUGCCUCCACUAUAAGGGGAGAGAGGUGAUCCAGCCUGUCUUAUCUAACAUGGUGCUGAACUUUGGAACUGAAAUGACCAGGAAAUCUCUCUUUCCCCAUCAUGUGAUUCCUGAGUCUUUUCUUAAAAGGCAUGAAGAAUGUUGUGUGUUCUUUCAUAAAUACCAGCUAGAGACUAUUUCUGAGAACAUCCGUCUGUUUGAGAGCAUGGGUAAGGAGGAACAAGCAAGACUGAAUAAUUUAAGGGACUGUGCUGUUCAAUAUUUCAUGCAAAAGUUUCAAUUAAAGCCUCUUUCCAGAAAUAAUUGGCUGGUAAAAAAAUCUAAUAUUGGUUGUAGUACAAAUACAAAAUGGUUUGGGCAGAGAAACAGAUAUUUUAAAACCUAUAAUGAAAGGAAAAUGCUAGAAACUCUUUCAUGGAAAGAUAAGGUGGCCAAAGGAUACUUUAAUAGUUGGGCCGAAGAACAUGUUGCAUAUCAUCCUGGGCAAAGUUCUCUUUUAGAAGGGACAGCUUCCAAUCUCGAGUGUCAUUCAUGGCAUAUUUUAGAGGGAAAGAAACUGCCAAAAGUGAAGUGUUCUCCUUUUUGUGACGGUGACAUUUUAAAGACUCUUAAUGAAGCAAUUGAAAAGUCAUUAGGAGGAGCCUUGAAUUUGGAUUCCAAGUUCUGGCCAAAACAGCAGAAUUGUUGCUCUUGCCAUGUUUUUUCUGAAGAACUGAUCUUUUCUGAGUUGUUUAGCCUUGUCAAGUGCCUUCAGGAUGGGCAGGUUGUACAACCCAGCAACCAAAUAAAGUGCCUGCUUGUGGGUUUUCCAAUUCUCCCUGAUAUUAAAAUGCAUAUACCAUUGGAAGUGCAACUCUUUGAAUCGGCUGAGCUCAUGACUUACACCUGUUCAUUGCUUCAUGACGGAGACCCAGUUUACCAGCGGUUAUUUUUGGACUGCCUUCUACAUUCAUUACAGCAACUUAAUACAGGGGAUGUCAUGAUUUUGCCAGUACUUUCCUGUUUUACAAGGUUUAUGGCUGGCUUGAUCUUUGUACUCCACAGCUGUUUUAGGUUCAUCACAUUUGCUUGUCCCACAUCCUCUGAGCCUCUGAAGAUCUGUGCAGUCCUGUUAUGUGUUGGUUACCAGGGCCUUCCAAACCCAGUUUUCCAGUAUCUGCAGAGUAUGAAUGAAUUGUUGCGUGCUUUGCUUACGUCUGAUGCACCCAAGCAAGUUUUACAGUUUGUGCCGAUGGAAGUUCUCCUUCAGGGGGCACUGCUUGAUUUUUUGUGGGAUUUGAAUGCUGCCAUUGCUAAAAGGCAUUUGCAUUUGAUUAUUCAAGGAGAGAGAGAAGAAAUCAUCAGCAGCCUUCAGUUAUGAAAUUGAACUUGUCUUUCCGAGAUUUAACUGUAUGGCUUCCUACAGUUUCCAUUGUCAUUGCAUCCCUUUGCUAUUGAUUUACAACCUUUCAUUUUGGGAAAGGCCAACUUUUGCAUCACUUAAAGGCUCAUUAUUUCUGGAAAACCAUCAGCUAGUACCCAUCUCUAGGAUAUCCACAGGCAUAGGGUUUUUGUUGUGGAGUCUGAGUGUUGAUACUCAACUUCAAACAUGAGAUGUGUGUAUGUGCUUGAGGUGGACACACCCAUCGUUGUUUAGUUGGUCUUAUUUAUCUGCUUAGGUUGUACCUGUGUGCCUUCAUUCCGAUUUUUUUCCAACUAAAUUCCUCUCAAUGGCUAAUGCUGUUAAUGAAUUGAUAGAGGUUUUAAUGAAAGGAGGUGCAUCACUGCUGAGCCUCACUGAUUUCCUUUAACAUUGACCAUGUCAGUUACAGAUUUGGGGAACUCAUCUUGCCAGAUUUCUUCAUAUGUGUCAUACAACGCCAUUGACCCAAUGAAGCUACUGUGCUGUUUUAUGAAUAUUUUACUAGCCACAACCACUCAACUAGCAAGGAUAUCAAGACAGCUUCAAACCAAAGAUCAUGUUUAUAACUGAAAAAUUACUGUGUCUAACAAUUCCUGUAUCAUGGAAAGCCUCAAUUGACAAUGGUGUAGUAAAUUUUAACUUCCAGGAAAUAAUCCGUGAACUAAAAGAUAUUUUAAAAUUGCAAAAUAAUGUUUAUGAUCUCAUAUUGGGAGCACAUGGAUGUGAUCAAUACAGUAAAUAAUGGAAAAUAAUUUAACACUUUCAUAAUGAUGAUUCAGCAUUUAACAUUAGAUAGUGUUUAUAGUUUCUUUUUUCAGUAUGAAAGUAUCACUUUAUCAAAAGUUUAAUCAUGAGAUGUUUAUUUUAUCAGUUAUGUUUGAUUUCUUUUGAAUUACAUGUAUUUGACAGUGUAACCAGGCUUCUCUGAUAAACUACUAAGUGAAUAUUCAUUACUUUGAAAUUUCACAAAAUGGAGAAUAUUUGUAUUCUUACGUGUGCAUUUUAGACAUUUUGUUAGUUAUAUGAAAAAUAGAUGUAUUAUGUAUUUGGUUGAUAAAUAUUAAUCUGAAUUUUUUUCAUGUUCUUUGCUAUUUUGAGUUCCAUCAUGUAUUCAUGAAUAAAGUCAUUAGCAGAGAGA